AUGAUUAUUGUAUUAAUAGCUAUUCUUCACAUCGCCCGACCCAGCAACGCUGGUGAUGCAAGGCAAGUGGCGAUCAAAUCUGCAAUCAGUCAGCUGAGGUGGCGGCGCAGCUCGGACGCAACUCUCCUGUCAAUGGCGACGAGCCGCGAAUGCCACAGCCAAAAACGUUUAGGUUGCCCACAGCACGACGACCAGUACCGAAAACGCCAGAAGGCCACUGGCAGUCAUUUGGAACUCGAUCAAGGCUCUUGCGAGCGCAAUGAUUUGGCUCUUACCGCUUACUCCUUUACCAAGGCAGCUGCCUUGACUCGCGAUUUCGCCUCCUGCUCGACUACAAUGACGUUAUUAGACUGA